AUGUCUGACGACAAUAAACUAUGUUUCUUGUAUAGCAAUUGCACAUCAGCUGAAGUUUCUUCAGGUACACUAUAUAGAACUAUUCUUAUCAUUGUGGGCGGUACCAUACUGUCAUUUUUAACAACAGCUGGUAAUCUACUUGUCUUAAUAUCGUUUCGUAUUAAUAAGCAAUUGCGAACAGUAACAAAUUAUUUCCUACUAUCGCUUGCCAUAGCUGAUUUUACAAUUGGCUUUUUUUCAAUACCAAUAUUUUUUACAUUUUUCGAAAAAGAUCGUUGGCCAUUUGAUUCAUUCUUAUGUGAUGUAUGGCUUAGUGUUGAUUAUACAAUGUCGAACGCGUCUGUGGCUAAUCUUUUACUUAUCUGUUUUGACCGAUACUUUUCUAUAACGCGACCAUUAACAUAUCGAACAAAACGAACGCCGAAGCGCGUGUCUAUUAUGAUUGCUUUGGCAUGGGCUAUAUCAUGUUUUAUAUGGACACCGUGGAUUUGGGCAUGGCCAUUAUUUGAUAAAAGUUUACCGCCCGGAGACUGCCGAUUGCCAUUUGCUUCCAAAGCUACAGUGGCAAUUCCAACGGCCAUAGCUGCUUUCUAUUUACCAGUGACACUAAUGUGUUUACUUUAUUUUCGUAUCUAUCGCGAAACAGUCAAACGCCGGAAAGAAUUACAUCUUUUACAAGCUCAACAUCAUAGUUCAUUAUCUCAAAUAAUUGCAACAAAUUCAAAUUCAAAUUCAAAUAGUCGUUUACCACAAAAUCUAAACAAUCUAGCAGCCGCAUCCGUUCGCGAACAAGAUGAAAGUAUAUCAACCGAUUCCAAUAGAUCACAUGGACGGAAUGUUAAAAUUCAAAGUUCUACUGAUAAAACGUCAAUAUUAUCUGAUCCUAAAAAGCAAAAUAAAUUUAUUCAUACUUUUCACGGUUAUUGUUUAAAGAGUAAAACUAAAGCAAAACAAAUUGAACAAGAAUAUGAUGAAUGUUCAAGUGAAAUUCCACGUGGAAUGUCUCAAAUUAUCGAUGCAAAUCUACCUGACCCAUUUGCUUUACCUAACAACGGCGAAAUAUGUCGUAUGCUUGCUCAUUCAUGUGCUUUUCGUGAGUCAUUUGAUACGGCAAAAGCCAGUCCCGGAAGUGACCCAUGGAUUCGUCGAUGUGAGGAACCAUUACCAGCUGAAUUUAUGUGUAAUGGAGAACAACAACAACAACAACAACAACAACAACAAAAUUUAACAGAAUCCGAAACAAAUCCAUAUUAUUGUUCAGCACCACCAACAUUUGAUGAUUGUCCUGAAGAACAAAAUCGUCCAACAUUUGUUAGUAAUAUUGAUAAAGAUAUCGAAUAUGUUGAGUCAAGAUUACGUGGUCAAACAACAAUAUCGCUUCCAACUGCUCAUGCAACGAGUUAUACUGAAAGUAUGACUUGGCGACGAACACCCAGUCGAAAUUGUACAAAUGUUCUGUCAUCGUCGAAUCAACAGCAGCAAACUCUUCAAGUUCAUGCACAAUAUUCAAAUAAACAACAAAUCAAUGAACCGGUUAGAUCUACGAAAUCGACUACAACUAACUCGAAAAAUGAAAGUGUUAAAACAGUGAAGCGACGCUUAGAAAAAGUGAAAGACCAAAAAGCGGCGAAAACAUUAAGUGCUAUUUUGAUUGCGUUUAUUGUUACAUGGCUUCCUUACAAUACGAAUAUAAUUAUAUCGACGAUAAAGCCUGAUAUAUUCCAGCAUGGAUUUCCUAUGUAUUGGGAACGUUUUGGUUAUAUGUUAUGUUAUAUUAAUUCCACUAUAAAUCCAAUGCUUUACGCUUUAUGUAAUGGAACGUUUCGACGGACAUUUGUUCGUAUACUUCGUUGUCAAUGCCAUCGACGUCAUACACCAAUACAUUUACAAAAACUUUAUCGUUUUCAAGCAAAAAAAGAUAUUAUUAAUAAUAAUAAUCUUUAA